AUGUCCAGCAUUUUGAACAUCGCAUCACUACCAAUGCGAGAUGAUUCAAUCAUCCGAAAAGAAAUUUAUCAGUAUACACCAUAUACGAAUUCAUUUGAUGAAUCAGAUGAAAUAAGAAUUGCUAUACAAAAUAAAGAAAGUUACUUGGCCCCAUCACAAUCCUUUAUCUAUCUACAAAUCGCAUGUACAACCAAUGGUCGACAUGUAGACGCUGACGCAGAAAUUAAAUUCGUAAACAACUUUGCAUCGUUUCUAUUUAGCGAUGUGCGAUAUGAAUUAAACGGCGUUGAAAUUGAUUCAGUGCGAAAUGUUGGACGGGCGUCCACAAUGAAAUUGAUGCUUGCAUCUCGAUUAUCAACACUGAAUGGAUAUGCAUCAUUUUGCCGAACCUAUGAAGCGACAUCACCUCGUGCAGAUGUAGAAAAAUUAUACGAUGUUGUAAUACCAUUGAGCGCAUGGCUACCAUUCUGCGAUACAUACAAUCGAUGCAUCAUUAACUGUCGACAUGAAUUGAUUUUGAAUCGUGCGCGCCAAAGUUUGGAUUGUACCCAUGGCGGUGGUAUAUUGCCCACUUCAGCUGUGGUCAGUGUGGCGGUGAAAAAAAUCGAAUGGAAAAUGCCUCACAUCACGCUUUCGGACAAAGUAAAACUAAACAUGCUAAGCUAUUUAUCAAAAAACCGAAAGAUAACCGUUCAACAUCGUUCAAUGGACAUUCAUGAGUAUCAAUUGCCACAGACAACGAACCAUUUGUGGAGCGUGAAGACUGUUGCCAGCUCGAAUAAACCACGAUAUGUAGUGGUUGGCUUGCAGACAAAUCGAAAUGCUCAAAAAAGUGUGAAUGCAUCUAAAUUUGACGCCUGUCAUUUGACUGAUGUACGUCUGCACCUAAACUCACAGAUCUAUCCUUAUAAUAUGAAUACAUUGGAUAUCGGUGGAGGAAUUUACUCUGAAUUAUAUGCAUUAUAUUCAGAUGUGCAAACAUCAUAUUACAACAAUACGGAAGCCAAAAAUCCAUUCGACCUUCCAUAUGGCGUAUUUCAAUCAUCGCCAAUAUUCGCCUUUGAUACUUCACAUGCAGACGAAUCGCUGGUUGGCGGAUCCAUUGACGUACGCAUCGAACUGAAAGCCAAGCAAAACAUUCCGGCCAAUACAACGGCAUACUGUUUAAUUAUAUACGACAAUGAAUUUUGGUACUCGCCAUUCGACGGAAUCGUCAUGCGAAACGUAUAA